AUGGCCAGUCCUUCAACUCUGGUUUAUUUCAAUCAGCAAGUGGCUGGUCAUGAUAAACUCAUGUCCAUGCCUACCAGUAACCUUAUAAUUGUCAAGCCAUGCACUAAAAAGGAAGUUGACUUUUAUCAAGAUGCCCAAGGUUAUCCUGAUUUGUUGGAUUUCAUCGCGGAAUGCUAUGGCACUUUACGUGCUGCAACAGAAAAAGAACUAGAAUUACUAGACAGCACAGAAUUGAAUGACUCAGACGAUAUCCGACCUUUUACUACUCAUAUUAUCAUUAACUCUUAUUCUUCUUCACAAAACUUAUGCUUAGAGAAUAUAUCGCAUGGAUUUACUAGACCUUGUAUUAUGGAUUUAAAAAUGGGAUCUCUAUUAUAUGAUCAAGAUGCAACAACAGAAAAACGAAAUAGAAUGAUUCACCAUUCUAAAACAACUACUUCAGGAUCAUUAGGAUUGAGAAUAAGCGGUAUGAAGGUUUAUGAUUCAAUAGAUAGAAGAUAUGCUACUUAUCAAAAAGCAUACGGGAAGAGCCGGACACCCGAAAAUAUCAAAGAAGCUAUUUUAGCUUAUCUGUUUCCAACAUCACGGUAUGGUAAAGCUAGUGAGGAAUACAGAAUUUAUGUGGAUGAUCUCUCCCAACGGCAACCAACAACAACAACAACAGACGUCGAUCAAUUGGAGCCACAGCAACAGGAAGAAAAGCAGCACAUAAUCAGAGAGAAGUUACCGACCAAAUAUACAAGAUGGAUCAUAGAAUGUUUUAUAGACACCAUUAAGGAACUUAGAGCAGUCAUCAUGAGUCAUCCUAAUUUACGUCUAAUCGGCUCCUCGAUUUUGUUUAUUUACGAGGGAGAUCGUACAGUAGCAGAAAAGACAUGGAAUUAUAUGUUAGAGGAGGAUAGCAAGCCUAACAAAAAAGAUAAGCAGAAAGGAAAUGUUGCUGAGGACGAGGAGGUAGAAGAGGACGAGACAGAUACACCAAAAAUGUGCGAUUUACGAUUGAUUGAUUUUGCACAUUCAGAUUGGCAAGCCGAGAGAGAAGAACAGGAUCCUGAACUUCUGAAGGGAUUUAGUAAUAUAAUAGACAUCCUAGAAGAAUGUUUGAAAGAACAAAAACUGCAAAACCUUUAA